AUGGCAACUAAACGUUCGCCGAUAUAUUUAUCUUUAAUUUUUUGUUUCAUGAUGACAGUCGAUUCUCAAACCUCUACAACAUCAACGAAUCAACAUAUUUGUUCCUCAAUAGAAUCGGUCACUAAAAAUUAUGAUUGUCCUAAUUCUACCGCAUUCAAUAUUAUUGAUGAACAUAAUAAAGAUAAUUCAACAUGGAAAAUAGAUUUCAAAGUUUUCCAAGAAGCAUCAAUAACGAAUUCAGUUGAGCUUCUUCGAGAAAUUCAACGAAGACAUGCAAAUUCUAUUCCUUGUCCAUAUACUCGACAAAUGAAUGUAUCCAAAUGUUGUUCUAACUGGACAGGAAGCAAUUGUGAUCAAGUCGCUACAUCAAAUGAUACAUUAACUUCUAAUGAUAAUGAGCCAUUGCCAUUCGCGACAUGUGUACUUUGGGGUUUAUUUCAUUAUCGAACAUUUGAUAAUACACAAUUUGAAUUUAUUGGUUCAUGCAAUUAUAAACUAAGUGGUACACAAUCAUGGCAAGUUAAUGUUCGACCAAUACAAUGUAACAAUUGGAAAACGUGUUCUAAACAAUUAUCUAUGCUAUUUGGACCUGUGAAUGUAACUGCAGUAGGAAGCAAUGUUAUUGUCAAUGGUGUUACAUUAAAUUCAACCGAAGGUAUUAUUGUUAGUGGCGUGACAAUCGAACGACGUGGAAAUUAUACAUAUCUAACAUAUUCUGAUGGUGUCCGAAUCAAAUGGGAUGAAGCGACUGUCAUUGACUUAACAGUUGAUAUUAGUUUCAAAGGAAAAGUUAGUGGUUUAUGUGGAGACUAUGAUCAAAAUCCUAGAGAUGAUCUUACUCUUUUUGAUGGAACGAUAUCUCCAAGUGCGGCUGUAUUCGGAAAUCAAUGGCGCUUAGAUAAAAGUUGUCCAGAAGCGCCAUCAUUAGGUGAAGUAUGUUCAGAUGAUGAUACACAACAAAUAGCAAUAGAUGCUUGCCAAAUACUUCUUAAUACUUCUGACGUUUUUGGUGAAUGUUUACAUGUCGUGAAUGGAGAACAAUAUUACAAUGCUUGUGUUAUCGAUUAUUGUAUGACGGCUACUACUCAUCCAGAACAAUUAGGACAAGCAAUGUGCAAUUCUUACACAGCAUUUGCUCGUGAUUGUACUGAUAAUUAUAUUGAUAUUAAUUGGCGUACAGCAUCUCGAUGCCCAAAAUCAUGUCCGAAUAAUAUGACCUAUGUUGAAUGUGCAUCAAAUUGUCCAAAAACUUGCCAAAGUCUAAGUCAAAGAAUAUCUCAAUCAGAUGCAUGCAUGAGCGAUUGUUCAGCGGGUUGUAUUUGUCCUACUGGAACUGUUUUGGAUUUGGGACAAAAUCAAAAAUGUGUUAAACCUGACGGAUGUACUUGCUACUAUAGAGGAAAUUAUUAUCAACCGGGAGACAGCAUUGAUAUUAAUUGUAAUCAAUGUAAUUGUUCAUCUGGUUCAUGGCAAUGUUCAAAAGUAGCUUGUCCUAGAACUUGCACUGUCAUGGGUAAUGGUCAUAUUGAUACGUACGAUGGAAAAACAUUCACUUUAAUUAGUUCUUGUCAAUACGUAUUACUUGAAGGUACAGAUGUUAAAUCAUCAGAGAAGCUUCGCGUGAUGUAUACCAAUACACAAGAUAUUAGUACAAAUGAAUUAGUGAUUGUUUACUAUGGAAAUAUAGUAAAUAUUAAAGGCUCACAAAUAGUUCUUAAUGGACAACCAGGAACACAAUUACCACAGAAAAGUAAUAAUUUGUUGAUUCGACAAGCAACAUCAGUUUUACGAAGUGUCGAAGGGCCUGAUUUUGCAAUUUAUUUUGAUGGCUUUCGCGUAUAUAUUACCUUGGAAUCAUCGUUUAUCAAUCAAACUCGUGGUCUGUGUGGUACAUUUAACUAUAUAACAAGAGAUGAUUAUGAAACUCCGAAUGGACUCAUAGAAACAAAUAUUAUUAGUUUUGCUAAUGCUUAUAAAACUUCUCAAACAUGUAAUACACCGUUACAAACAUCAUCUUGCAGUCUUUUUCCAGCGAGUGAAUUAGUUGCUCGGUCAACAUGUCAGAAUCUAUUGAAAGAUUCUGUAUUUACUCCAUGUUUGUCUGUUUUGGAUCCAUCAUUUUAUAUUGAAUCGUGUACUGCUGAUCUUUGUGUUGAUAGUGCAAGUGAUUAUGUUUCAACAUAUACAUGUUAUCAUUUAGCAACAUACGCACAUGAAUGUGCUGAACGUGGCAUUAUUAUUGAUUGGAUGAGUAAACCAAGUUUAUCAAAUGCUUGCCACAUAGCACCUUAUCCUUAUGGUCAAUGUUCAUCACCAGAUGGUGGGUCAACGUCAACAAGCUACUCUGAAUGUGUUUCCGCUUGUGAUUAUUCAUGUUCAGACCUAGAUCAAAAAUCUUCAUUGAAUUGUGAAAAUCGAUGUUUACCUGGAUGUGCAUGUCCAACUAAUACAUAUUAUAAUAGUAAAUCUCUUUCAUGCAUUCGUGCAGAACAAUGCCCUUGCUAUGAUGUAUCAACAGAAUCAUAUGUUCAGCCUGGGCAAAAUUUAUUUCGAACAUGCACAAAUUGUACAUGCUUAAGUGGAAGAUUUCAAUGUGAAAAUCCAAAUUGUCUUUCGACAAUGAGUUGUCCAGGGAAUCAAAUUUAUUCUAAUAAUGCAAGUACAUGUCCAAAGACAUGUGAUAACUUCAUUAGUUUUUCCGCCUGCAAUACAUACAAACCAGGUUGUACGUGCCCACCAGGACAAGUAUUGACACAUGAUGGUAUUAGUUGUGUAUCAGUUGAUGAAUGUCCAUGUCGUUAUAAUCAACAUUCAUAUGCAACAGGAGAACAAAUUCUUCAAUCUUGUAACAAUUGUACAUGUUCCGGUGGAAUAUGGACAUGCACCAAAAUGCAAUGUGAUAGUACAUGUAUUGCAACCGGUGAUCCACAUUAUAUAACAUUUGAUGGAUUACGCUAUUCUUAUCAAGGAAAUUGCCAAUAUUAUUUAGCUAAGGAAAAAAAUAAUACAUUCAGUAUUUUAGCUGAAAAUGUUCCAUGCGGUUCCACUGGUGUAACUUGUACAAAAAAUAUAAUCAUUGAUUAUCUUGGUUCCAGUAUUGAUUUGCAACGUGGACGUAGUGUUAUAUUUAAUGGUAUUGAACUCAAAAAUUAUGAAUCAAUACCAAAAAUCUAUGGGCAAGUAUCUGUAUUUAAAAGUGGAGUUUUUACAAUAAUUUCUACACCAGACUUUUUAAUUAAAUGGGAUGAAUCAACAAGAAUUUAUGUCACAGUUUACUCACAGCAUCGUGGAAAUAUGGAAGGUCUAUGUGGUAAUUAUAAUGAUGAUAGUGCUGAUGAUAUAAAAACAGCACAAGGAAUUACUGGCUCAAUAAUUGAGUAG